AUCAACCAUCAUGGCGGGCGUCUACACUCCUUUCGUUUAUUGGGCACAAAGAAAGGACAAAUUGUCCCUCAAGGUGGAUUUGAGAGACGUUUCGGACCCAAAUGUGCAGCUGGACGAGUAUGGUCUGACCUUUAGAGCAUAUGGUUUUGGUGCCAAAGGACAAAAUGAAUAUGGCUUUCAAAUGGAUUUCUUCAAGCAAGUUGAUCCUGAGAAAAGCAUGUACAGAACCACGCCCCAGGGAGUGGAGUUUAUGCUGAUGAAGCAGGACAAACAGUGGUGGAGCCGUCUUGUUGAGCAGGAGAAGAGACCCGGCUUCCUCAAGGUCGACUUCGACAAGUGGAGAGACGAGGGCGACUCUGAGUCUGAAGCUGAGGAAGAAAAAGCCAGACGGCUUGAAGAGUACCGACAAGAGUCACUGAAGAAAUUUGAGGAGGAGAUGAAGGAAGAGAUGGAGAGUCGGGCAGCCAUCAAGUAUCUGAAGACCUGGUGGCUGUUUGCCUACAACUUUUUCCAGUUCAUGGGGUAUUCCUUCAUCUUUGUCAGCUGUGUCAUUCGCUACAUGAUGCACCACAGAGACUCAUUCCAGCACACCUGGGAGUUUACUGGUCAGAUGAUGAUGACCUGUCAGCUGAUGUCCUUCCUGGAGUACAUCCAUGCAGAGGUGGGGCUGGUCAACUCCAAGCCCCUCUUCCCUCUCAUACAGACUCUUGGUCGUAACUUCAUCCUGUUCCUGGUGAUCUACCCUGAGGAGCUGAUGUACCCCUUACCUGUAGUCACCUACCUUUUCACCACAUGGAGCUGUAUAGAGGUGGUCAGGUACCCGUUUUACCUGUUAACACUCAUCGGUAAGGAAAACCUCCCUGCCAAGCUCUUCAAGGUGACCCAGUGGCUGCGUUAUUCCAUAUGGAUCCCACUGUAUCCACUCGGCUUUCUACUGGAAGCCUACUGUAUCUUCACGGCUGUGCCGUAUUACGAGCGCUCCAACAAGUUCAGCUACCAGUGGGGCAAUAUCAGAAUGCACUAUCCCCUCCUGAUGAAGCUGUAUCUCAUGAUGCUGGCUGCAGGUGGUACCAUGCUGCUGAAGUACAUGGUGCGACAGAGACGCAGAAAGGCUGCGGUAAAGCGUGGAAAGGAGAGGGAGAGGGCCGCUGCUAAAGAAAGGGCUGCAGCUCAUCAGCACAUUGAUUAAGGGAACAUGUCAGCAUAGGUGGUGUGUGGGGGUGUUGGGAAUAUAAGAAUGGCAUUACAUGAAGCAGCCUAUGCUGACACCAAUCUCUUUCCUUGCUGAAUAUUCUGAAUUGAUGCUAUAAGAGGAGCAAACUGGAGCUAGAACAGGAUGGAUUCCAGGCCAUGGUAUUAGGGCAACCUACUGUAGGUGAUAAAGACAUUGGUGAUAAAGGAAAUUUAUUAUGCCUCCUCUGGUAUGUAAAAUUUUUUGGUUAGCCUGGUCUUUUAAGAAUGACGACUGCCUGGUUUAACUCUAUCUAAGAAGAUUAAGUCUUACCUUAACAAAAUAGGCUGUUAGCCAAGAACAGAACAACAUGACAUCUUGCCAUGCUUGUACAUCAUCCCAAUGUGAAAUUCCUAUUGUAGCAGUAUUGUACAUGCAGCAGUAUAUAUCUAUCGUCUAUCACUAAGAACAUAGCCUGUUCUUGAUGUGAGGACAUAUUACAUGUACUUGGUAAUGUGUUAACAAGACUCAUUUUUGUUGCAAUAAAAUGCAUUUAUUUUGUUUCAGGACAGUUUUGUACCAGAAAGCAAGGGACCACUAUUUUUGUUGUAGAACAGUAUUUCCUGGACUACACUGUAUGUUGCUUUUAUUGCUUUUACCAAGUUGAACCUGGUCCAGUAUGUAGUAGUAACUAAAGGAACAUGGGCAUUUGUGUGUGGUUUAUUUACUAUACUGUAGGUGACAAUCACAGGAUAUUCAUGCAUUUCCUGCUGAGUCAUUACUGUUGACCUUUACAUUUGGACAUUAGCUGGAGACCUUUGACUUUGAAACAAUAAUCAUGUGAAGCCACCAUUGUAUGUGGAGAUACAUGUAUGUUCAGUGGUCUAGGUUGUCCCUGUGUUGAUUAUCUUUCAGAGAAACAUGUAUUAUAUGCAUGCUACUACAGGUAUUAACAUUUGUAACUCCUGUUGUUGCUAACAUUUCUCUGUUCACUUGAACAACACACUAAAAUAUACAACAAAUAAUGACUGUAUAGUAGAAAGUAAGAAUCACUGCACCAAAGUUGUAAUGUAGAAUGGUGCCAAGUAAGUCAUGUAGUACUUAAAACUGAAAAGUAAUGCUCUCUUGAAUCAUUUAAACUCGACUGUUAGUUUAUUAUCGAAAUGUUAGUCUUUAGAAGACUUAGUGUACAAUGUCAUUUAGAAAGACCACUAAGAUCCCCUGUAUGUAAUGCUACAGGUGUUCAAAUACAUUGGAACAUAUGAUUACAACAGAAUUACAUUUAUCAAAAUAAGAUGUUGAAAUUGAAAGGAAGACUUAGUAACCAAACUACCUAAUGUACUUGUUAAGGAAGUUUAAAUGUUUUGUUUGUGAUGAUUUUUGACUGUACAAAAGAACUUGACAGCAUUAUGAUUAAUAUGCACUUGUAUGGUGCUGUAUAUUAUGCUGGUGCAAUAAUACUAAUUAAUAAUUAGGCCCAAGUAAAUGUUAUGGACGACCUUACGCCCAUCUGGCUAAAAAAAGAAAAAUUUUGUUCCUCUUUGUCAGUGGUCAGCAUGACAAGAUAAUACCAAAAAUACAUGUAGAAAAAUAUGUCAUGAUAGCCUUGAAGUGUAGUUGUAGAAAAAUAAGUCGUAAUUUUUGCCCAUCUUAUUUUAUUUAGAAUUGGAGGCUACAGAGGAUGUUAGCUGUAAAAGUUACUUGCUGUGGCCUCAUAAACAAUUACUUGACUAUUGUACAUGUGCACCAACACAAGACCCAAUAGAGUAGAGAAAUCAUGUUUUUUUUUUCAUUUAUAAUCACUUGUUUCAUAUGGUAGUAAUGUUAAUGGUGAUAUGAUUUACUUGAAUUGUUUAAGAUGUCAUGAUUUGGUGUUAUCUGAUAAUUAUUGUCAGAUUCUUUCAAUGCUCAGGAAUUGGUAAAAUCUUUAUAAAGAGCAUAAAAUGUUGCAUGUUUCUUGUUUUUGGGGUGUGGUUAUUUUGAAAGAUUAUAUUGCAUGCUAUGGAAAGGAUGAGCAAUAAUGAUUUAAUGUUAUUGUUUUUACUUAAAAGUCAUAUUCUGUGCAUUAAUAUUUUGUCUAUUAAAGUUCUCUGCCA